CGCACUGAGACGCCUGUUUGUGGCGUCAUCGCCGUGAGACGGAGGUAGCGCAGGACCCCGCACGUGUCUCCUGGGAGACGGCAGCAUGCGGCGGCCUAACAUCUUGCUGACCGGUACCCCUGGUGUUGGCAAAAGCACCCUCGGCAAAGAGCUUGCAUCCAGGACUGGGCUGACAUACAUCAGUGUGGGUGACCUGGCAAAAGAAGAAGAAUUGUAUGAUGGUUUCGACGAGGAGUAUGAAUGCCCAAUUUUGGAUGAAGACAGGGUAAUUGAUGAACUAGAAGACAAAAUGAGUGAGGGUGGAGUUAUUGUCGAUUACCAUGGCUGUGACUUCUUCCCUGAACACUGGUUUCAUAUAGUAUUUGUACUUCGUACAGACAACUCAUUUCUAUAUGACAGGCUCGAAAGCAGGGGCUACAAAGGGAAAAAGCUACAAGACAAUAUUCAGUGUGAAAUUUUUCAGACUCUUUAUGAGGAAGCCAUGUUGUCAUACAGCAAGGAAAUUGUACACCAGUUACCCAGCAACACUCCUGAAGACCUAGAGAGAAAUGUGGAUCAGAUUGUGCAAUGGAUUGAACAGUGGUCAAAGGACAACAAUUGACAAUUGGUGAAAAAGCAACUGUUCUGGUUUUGAUUGGGAUAGACUUAAUUUUCUUCUUUUCAGCUUCCCAGGCUACCCUGCCAACACAGAUCAUGAAUUAUAGAAUGGCUUGUUUUGGAAGGCACUUAAAGCUCACCUAGUACAGUGCUGUUCAUGUAACCAGCUACCUGUUGGGCCCCUCCAUCCCAGCAUUCAUCAGUGGUCUCUCUUUUGAUCAGUAUUCUCAUUAGGAUUCUCAGGAUAAAAUAUCAUCUGACUCUUUUCUAACUCUGUAAUUGGUAUAGAGGUUCCAGACCUAGCUUCUGUUUAUCAGCUAAUUUACCCAGACUCUAAAAUUCUGGCUUGUUUUCUGAGACUAAGUCAAGAUCUAUCUCUUGUUCAUUUUCUUCUAAUUUAUACUGCAAAACUUAUUCCUGAUUUAAUGUGUCUGACAGUGCCACAUGAAGUUACUAACUGGUAUUACACUUAGCAGUUAAUAGGCUCUGCAGGCUUUUCACUUAUUCCUGCAAGAAUGCAACCAUUUCAUCACUAAUUUAUCUAACCAAAUGUGUCUCUGGACUGUUACCAGUGCUGCUCCCAGUACAGUAUAUGCUAUGGCUUCUCUUUUCCUUUACUGCAGUUUUUGUUCUUUCACAAGUCUUGUGAUUCUGCUUUAGCUUUGGGAUUGUGCCAGUUGUUCUGAGUCCCCAGUGGGGAAGGGCAAAUGCUGUACCUUUGCAGCUUUUCAGUAAUGGGAGCAGUCAGACACCAGUGUUAAUUGGGCAACUGUGGCUUGCCACUACUCAAACCUCUACCAGUGUAUAGCCUUCCUGGAGUACAGCUGAGAGAUUGCUUCCCAACACUUCCCGUCCACAGAAUCAGGUAGAAUAUCAACAUCCCUCAUACCUCUCUCAACUUAGAGCUUUGCUUGCACAGUUAGCAGGAUUCUCUCAAUUUUGGAAGGUCCAAAGGCUUCCUCUCAGCUACAUGCCAGCCUGCCAUGGACUGGGUUUCCACCCUGCAGAUCAGGCUGCUCAGGGCCCCAUCCUACCUGAUAGUGAACACCUCCAGGGAUGGGGCAUCCACCAAUUCUCAGGGCAACCUGUGCCAGGGCCUCACCACCUUCUGGGUGAAGAAUUUUUUUCUAACAUGUAAUCUAGAUUUUCCCUAUUUGAGUUUAAAGCGAUUCCCUUUAUCCUAUUACUACUAGUCCAUGUAAAAAUCAAUCCUCCUGCUUUUAUAAGCUCCCUUCAAGUAAUGGAAGGUUGCAGUGAGACAACCCUGGAGCCUUCUUGCUAAACAAGCCCAAUUUUUCUCAACCUUUUUUUAUAAGUCAGGUGCUCCAGCCCUCUGAUUGUGCUGUGGCUCUCCUCUGGACCCACUCCAACAGCUCCACAGUCUAUGCUGUGGCCCUAGGCUUGGAUGCAGUGCUGCAGAUGGGGCCUCACGAAGGCAUAGUAGUGGGGGACAGUCCCUUUCCUCUCCCUGCUGCCACCUCUGUUGAUGCAGCCCAGGAUACAGUUGACCGUCUGGGCCUCAAAAGUACAGCGCUGGCUCAUGUACAGCUUUUUUCCACUGGGACCCCAAAGUCCUCCUCUGCAGGGCUGCUCUCAGUGAGUUCUGCUUCCAGUCUGUACAUAUGUCAGGGAUUACUGUCACACAAGUUCAGUACUUAGCUUUGCUUAAUUUUGUUCUGUUCAUGUGGGCCCACUCUUUCAAGCAUGUCUGGAUCCAUCUGGAUGGUGCCCACCCUUCCAUUGUGUUAACUGCACCACACAGCUUAGUGUCAUCAACACACUUGCUGAGGGCACACUCAAUCCCACUAAGUCAUUGAUAAAGAUGUUGGACAAUACCAGUACCAAGAUGGACCCCAGGGGACGCCGCUUGUCAUCAGUCUUCAUCUGGACAUAGAGCUGUCCACCACAGCCCUCUGGCUGUGACCAUCCAACCCAUUAUUUAUACACACAGUAGUCCACCCUUCACAUUCCUGUCUCCAAUUUGAAGAUAAGAACGUGUUGUGUGAUCAUGAUAAAAGCCUUGCACAAGUCCAGGUUGAUGAUAUCAUUUGCCUUUCCUUUGUCUACUGAUGCUGUCAAGCUGUCAUAGAAGGCCACCAGAGUGGUCAGGCAGGAUCUGCCCUCUGUGAAGCCGUGCUGGCUGUCUCAAAUUACCUCCUCACAUGUGCUUCAGCGCUGGUACCUUCCACGAGGGUCUGUACCACCAUCUCCUCCAGCACAGAGGUCGGGACAGGAUUCUGAGGUUGACAAGAACCUGAGAGCUGACCCAAACUGGCAACGGGUGUCCUGUACUGUGUAGUGAAAUUGGGAACCAUAAAACUGAGGAGAGUUGGCUGGAGGAUUUGCUGCUGCUUGGGAAUUGUCUGGAUGUCAGUGGCUGGUGAGGAAUUGCACUGUGUGUCACAUGUUGUGUAUGAUGUGGGGUUUUUAGAUCAUUAUUAUUAAACUGUGCCUCAAACCUC